UUACGUUUGUAAACCACGCCGUUUUUGAGGAUACGUGCUACAAUAAUAAGUAAUUAUGUUGGUUCUAUUUGAAACGUCAGGCGGCUAUGCCGUUUUUAAACUUUUGAAAGAAAAGAAGCUAAAAAAGUCCGAAAAUCUGUACAAAGAGUUCGAAUCAGCAGAGAAAUGUCAGAAGCUUUUAAUGCUGAAACAUUUUGAAAAGUUUCAGAGUAUGGAAGAUGCCUUGGAAUCGGCGUCAGCAACGUUCAAAGGAAAAAUGAGUAAGAAGUUAAAGAAAGUUCUCAAAAAACUAUUUGUUGAUGAACCACAAGAAGAAUUAGCAGUAGCUGAUGCCAAAUUAGGUACCGCGAUCAAUUCUAAAUUGAAUAUUAACUGUGUAUCCAAUUCUAACAUUCAAGAAUUGAUGCGAUGCAUUCGUUUACAUCUUGAUAGUUUGAUCGAGGGAUUACCCCAAAAAGAACUCACUGCCAUGUCUCUUGGCGUAGCUCAUGGACUGUCGCGUUACAAGUUUAAGUUCAGUCCCGAUAAAAUUGACAAAAUGGUGAUUGAGGCUGUUUCUGCACUGGACGAUUUGGAUAAAGAACUCAACAACUACGUCAUGCGCUGCAAGGAGUGGUAUGGAUGGCAUUUUCCUGAACUGUCAAAAAUUAUAUCGGACAAUCAGUUAUACAUCAAGACUGUGCUCGCUCUGGGCUUCCGAGAGAAUGCCUCACAGGUGGACCUUUCAGAUCUUCUCAGCGAAGAAGACGAGCAGAAAGUGAAAGAAAUGGCCGAAAUAUCCAUGGGAACUGAGAUUUUAGAGGAAGAUUUAAUCAACAUUAAAAGUUUGUGUGAAGAAGUUCUCCAGAUGCAAGAGUGCAGAGCGAAAUUGUACGAUUAUUUGAAGAACCGAAUGGCGGCUAUUGCUCCAAAUGUCACAUACCUUGUCGGUGAAAUGGUCGGAGCGAGGUUGAUAUCCCAUGCUGGGUCUCUCAUGAAUUUGGCUAAACAUCCUGCUUCAACAGUCCAGAUUCUCGGAGCCGAGAAAGCACUGUUCCGAGCAUUGAAGGCGAGACAUGAUACGCCAAAGUAUGGUCUUAUAUACCAUGCGCAACUCAUCGGCCAGAGCAACACAGCAUUGAAAGGAAAGAUGUCCCGCAUGCUUGCGGCUAAGACCGCUUUGGCUUCGAGAGUGGACGCAUUCGGUGAAGAAGAAAUUGACAUUGGUAUGGAUCAUCGGGCUUCUCUUGAACGUGCAUUGAAACGUCUGGAGGAGGGAAAGACGACCAGGAUCAGUGGAACUGGCAAGGCAAAAGCUAGGCAUGAGAAAUAUGAAAAUAAAAGCAAGGUGUUCCAGUAUAAUGCAUCCGAUGAUUCUUUCCUAACACCUCAGUCAGAAAAGAAGUCAAAGAAAAGGAAAUUUGAUGACAGCACCGAAGAUGUUGAAUCAGGGAAAAAAAUCAAAAUUGAGGUUAAAGAAGAAUAAAUGCCAUAUUAUUCAAUUUCAUAUCCCUUGUUCAUUGUUGCUGGAUCAUUAAGUUUUAAUAAAAUUUGUAAUAAGACAUCUUUGUUAUUUCUGAAGUAUGAGGUAAUAAGUAUAAUUAUUUGAUCUACUUUUGGAGAAA